GUCGGCUCGACACUCACAACGGUCCUUAAUCUUUGCCAGUCAACGAUCAUGAAGUCAGGAGCGGCGCCAGUUCUACCCCUCGAAGCGGACUCUCCGUAUAGAGGACGUAGACAACCACGGUUCGCUUCCUGCCAGUUUGUGAGCCUAUGCAUUGUGCUCUUCUUCACGGUUAUCUUGUGGUUUCCAAUUCCCGACGUUACGUCCCUCCUUCCGACAGCGGGGAUAAAACAUGAUUUCAAAUCCGGAUGCGACCAGCCCGUACCUCUGCUCCCCAGCAAAGACUCGAAGCUCGAUGAAGUCUACAAUCACGUCGCCAGCAGCGCAUUUAGGAAUGCUACGGUCCGUCGCCUUUCGGGCGCGGUCCAGGUCAAGACCGAGUCGUUCGACGACCUCGGCGCCAUCGGUGAGGACGCGCGAUGGGACGUCUUCUACCGCUUCCACGAGUACCUGGAGAAGACGUUCCCUCUCAUCCACACGAAGCUGCGGGUGGAGAAAGUCAACACGCAUGGCCUGCUGUACACAUGGCAAGGCAGCGACGACUCGCUCAAGCCGACACUGCUCAUGGCCCACCAGGACACGGUGCCCGUUCCGCCCGAGACCAUCAGCUCCUGGACGUACCCGCCGUGGAGCGGCGCCUACGACGGCAAGUACAUCUGGGGUCGCGGCGCCAGCGACUGCAAGAACCAGCUGAUUGCUGCCAUGGAGACGCUUGAGCUCCUCCUCGAGGCCGGCUUCCAGCCCAGGCGGACGAUCCUGCUUUCGUUUGGCUUUGACGAGGAGUGUUCUGGCCUGCGAGGGGCGGCACCCCUCUCGGCCUUCAUCCAGAAGCGGUACGGAAAGGACGGCAUCGCUGUGAUUGUCGACGAGGGCAGCGGUUUUGAGAAAGCCUGGGGCACGCUCUUCGCAAAGCCGGGCACCGCCGAGAAGGGCUACACCGACGUGCACAUCACCAUCCAGACGCCCGGCGGGCAUUCUUCGGUGCCACGGGACCACACCAGCAUCGGCAUCCUCAGCGAGCUGAUCACCAAGAUCGAGGCCAGCCAGUACCGGACUCGCCUGGUGGAUUCGAACCCCUACUACACACAGCUGCAGUGCGGCGCGGCAUACGCUCCCGAAUUCCCCGACAAGCUCAAGAGGCUCCUGAGCCAGCGCCAGUCUUCUUCCUCCCAGACCCAGAUGGGAGUGGGAGGAGCCUGCCAUAUCCAUAGUAAUAAGGAUGAGCUCGCGCUCGAAGCCGCCAAGCAGGGCCCCGAGAUCAAGUACCUCAUGCAGACCUCGCAAGCCGUCGACGUGAUCUCGGGCGGCAUCAAGGUCAACGCGCUGCCCGAGCGGGCCACGGCGGUCGUCAACCACCGCAUCAACGUCGGCGAGACCACGCAGGUCGUCAAGGACCGGCUCACCGCGCUCGCUGCGGAGCUGGCCAAGAAGCACAACCUCACGCUGCACGCCUUCGAAGACAGCAAGGAGGAAGCGGAUGAUGGUGAUGGUGCCGCGGAAUCAUCGGCAUCCUCCAUCAUCACGCUCGCGCCAUCGCCAGGCCACGAACUCGAGGUUGCGCCGGUCACGCCGGCCAGCGGCAGCGACAGCCGGCCGUUCUCGGUCCUGGCGGGGACGACGCGCGCGCUGUACGGCGAGGAGGUGGUCGUCACGCCGGGCAUCAUGACGGGCAACACCGACACGCGCUACUACUGGGACCUGACGCGGCACAUCUUCCGCUUUGCGCCGGGCUUCGAUCCCGAGGACGAGCCCGGCUUGGGUUCGGGGAUCCAUACUGUCAACGAGAAGGUGAGCGUGGCGAAUCAUGUCAACGCCGUGCGCUGGUUCCUGCUGUUUGUCAGGAAUAUGGACGAGGCGGAGCUAUAGAGAGGAUCAAUCGGUGAUGGAAUCUCUACACGAUGCGGUUCCAUUGAGUUGGUGCUGUUGACACUUUGCGGUAUGAUGCUGGGCGCUGGUAUCUUGAUGUGUCAGGGCAACGAUACUCUGCGAGCUUAGAUAAGUAUGUCUCUUGAAAUAUGCGACAACGAACUCUUGGUUUCGUGUCAAUGUGCGUCUCGGCUUCCCUGUAACACCUCUUCCCGCGGCCAUGCUUAUCUCCUACUUACUUUGGCCCCAACAGUAAAAGGUUUCGUGGGAUUGGUUGCUGUACAACACAUAAGGGAAGCGGUAUUUAAAUAUCGCAGCAUUCUUCCUCGGGAUUCAGAAGAUCACCGGCAGCCGCCGUUGCAUCCGUCACACUCUCUGCUGACACCUCUUUCGGGACCAUGUUUCAGAGGGGAACACAAAGC